AUGGAUGGUUUCCAAGGCUCCUUGGUUGAAUUUAUGGUUCGCGAAACAGAAAGGCUUCAUGCUCAGGUAUGUAACUCUUUGAAAGAAAACCACAACCGGAGACAAUAGAGAUAGUUACGGCUUUAUUGGAUAAUGUUUACUUUGUUUGCCACAGGUAGGCAGAUACAAGAGCCCAGAUGAGCAUCCUUUCUUCGUGGAGAAUCUUCCUGAGCCUAUGUUGCCACCCAUGCAGUACCCAAAGGUUGACACAGCCCCACUAGAUUGCAUCAGUGGAAUUUUAAAUCUGUCUCUCUCUGCCCUCCAUGUAUCUUUUUGUCGAUGCAUUUAUCUUGUUAAACAUUGUUUUUAAUGGUAAUUUUUGUUGUAAAUUAAAAAUUGUUGUCUGUCGCUUAUAUGAAAAGAAAUUUAUUUAAUAUUUGCAGAAUUCUGGGUGUCGUAGGAAUCUUAACUAAUAAUUUGGUGGUAUUCACAACAGUUUGGAUGAGGAAAAUAUUGAAUACGGCUUGGAAAUACGUUUUUUUUUAUGGUCAUUGGUAUUGGAAAUGAUUACGAAAAACAAACGGUGGUUGAUAACUGACCACACAGAUUUUCUUGCAAUAAAAUUUUGAUCAACUGUGCUCGUCAUGAGAUAAUUAUUGUCAUUAUUUACUGCCACCAACAUAAUCGUACAUCCUCAGGAAGACUUAUCCUGCAAAUGAAUCAUCCUCUUUGUCUUGGUCCUCGUUUGGAGAACUUUCAGAAAUUUUACUGUUGACUAUCGACUGGCAACCAACAAAUUCUGCCGUGCCCACGGUUGACACUGUCUUCAGUUGCAGUGGAAACCUAGGUUUAUUAGAAAGUUUCUUAAUGAUGAUUAACAAUUUAGGGAGCCCAGUUCAUUAACCUUUUUUCUGCCUACUUGAGAAUGUGAUGUAAUCCUUUAGGAACAAUUGUCUUCACAAGCAACAGCUUAAAGGGAGCGAGGGGCCCCAUCACUGACUAGUACUGUUUUGCUAGAGAAAGUUUGACAGACUUAUCAUCACAUUGAGACUUUACUAGUAAGAUUAUCAAGUUGGAUUUUUCUGUCACAGUUUUCAAACUGAAAAGAGUUAUCUCAGCUUAUUGUUGGUUUCUAGAAAAUUAUGCAAAAAAUUGAUUCCUUUGAAUUUGAUUUUUAAUCACGAAUGUAUUAUGUGUUGUUAGUAGUCUUCUUUGAUCGAGUAUGAAUGGUUCGAUGGUUCCUCCAGAAUGAAAGUACCGAAAUUCCUAAUCUAAGAGCCAAUUGCCUGUUCUUCUAGCUCGCUGACUCUGGAUGACGAUCACUCGUGGUUGGAUAAGUUAAGUAUAGCAUAGGUUUAUUAUUAGCAUAGACCGAUUUCCAAUCAAGAUGAGGGUAAUAUUAAUGCUGCUGCUGCUGCUUGACCUAUUUGAUCUAUCUAUUCUGCGGUCUAUGUCAAUGGAACACAUCUCAUACUUGCAGCAUUAACUGCUAAAUUCUUCUGAAUGGUCUCAACUGUCCGCAGCAUGAGAUGUGAAAAGUCCCAGUUUGAUCAUGCCAGAAACCAUUUUUUCAGAAUGGUGAUAUUAUUGACUGUUAAGUUUUCACACCAAAGAGAGGCUUCGACAGAUUGAUGACUGGUGUGACUGGCAGCAAAUGAUUGGGAAAUUUCCUCUACUCAAAAACAAGCACACCUGAUGCUUGCUCUAAGUCAUAAACUUCUUGCGGAUUCUCAUUGGAAUCGAGGUUACAACCAAUUUGUCCAAUCAAAGUGUUUGACUGACUAGUGUUAUGCACGGAGUUUGUGCACAUAUCUAGGUUAUACUUUGGUAUGAUAUUGGAUUUUAAAGAGUACACGGAUUUUCUUUUGAAUGACAUAUAAUUCGGUAGGAAUCAUCUGAUGAAUGUUUCAUAGUGAUUUUGCAGCAAAUGACUUUGGACUCUCUGAAUUGAAUCUGUUGAUUCCAAGAGACCCUCGAAAGUGGGUACUCUCUGAAUUGACGUGUGUUAUUAUUUUCUUUUUUGUUUUAAUUUUUUUUUUUCUAAAUAAUGUACAAGAAUUUGCGGAGAUAAACACCAUGAUUGAGCCAAUAUCGCCACUCCAGUUUUCACAUUGCUCAUGCUCUUGUGGUGCUGUACCAGGUUCUGCAUCCGAUUGCCAACUCCAUCAACAUAAAUAAGAAGAUCUGGGGCAUGUACUUUGGCAGCCUUCUCCCCCAAUUGGUCAAGGGUGGGAGCGAUGGCAACUGCGGCUCGAGUGCUGUUUGUGACACAAUCUGCUUGCAGGUGCACUUCCUCCUUAACAAAUUCUACUCACACUUACCGUUGACUUAUAUGUAGUGGGGUCAACGGGGCCAGGUGCAACAUUUCUGGUUUAUGGUCAACCUCUACUCUCUCCCUCAUACACUAUUUCUAGCCUUCUGAGCGGCAUUCUUCCUCUCACAGGCUCUCUCAAAGAGGAUACACUACGGGAAAUUCGUGGCAGAGGCGAAGUAUCGGGCUUCUCCGGAACUGUUCGAAUCUGCCAUACGGGCUCAGGUAAACUCCUGUAGAUGGACCUAGAGCUCUGUAAAGGAGAUAUCUCUUGAAGAAUUUCUGAAGAAUUUCCUCUUGUUGACUCUGCAGGAUAGAGAUCUGAUAUUGCAACUGCUGACAUAUGAGACCGUUGAAUCGGCGAUCAAGGAAAGGGUGGAAAUGAAGGCGAGGGUCUUCGGGCAGGAUUACGUCGGGAAAAGUGAUGGGAACCCUCCCGUCUACAAGAUUGAACCCAGCUUAGUCGCUCAGCUUUAUGGAGAAUGGAUCAUGCCGUUGACCAAGGAGGUCCAAGUGCAGUACCUGCUGCGGCUGCUGGAUUAA